AUGUGCGUUCCUGGUGUAUUCGAAAGAAGUCCAAAGACUGUAAAGAGUAAGUUAGGCUGGCACUGGAACCGGCUGUCAGGCUCGCUGAUACUGCGCUACCUGGCUUCCGGCGAAUGCUACAAGUCAGUAAAGUAUGGGUUCAGGGUGGAAGGCAACACUGUGUCGAUCAUCAUCCCAGAGGUCUAUCAAGCCAUCAUCGACGGGUUCUUGGCAGAGAUGGAACAGAUUCCCAUGACACAAAAACAAAGGUUGGCAGUUGCUGAGAUGUUUGAAACCAGGUGGCAGUUACCACAUACCCUCGGAGAUGGGAAGCACGUAGCAAUUGAAAGUCCUCCAGGUGGUGGAUCGGUCUUCUACAAUUACAAAAAGUUUCAUUCUAUUGUGAUGAUGUCCCUUGCGGAUGCCGAAUACAAACUCCUGUGGGUGGAUGUCAGGGGAACCUGGCGGAGCAUUAGACAGACAGAUAUGGAAUGCUUUUGGAAUCAAGCAGUGUGUUGA